AUGCUGCUGGCCUGCGUGACAGACAUCCUGACAAAUUUGGCUUUUUUCGCGUCUUUGCCCUCGUUGAUGGACACUGAGGGCACAUUGGCUGAAAUUCAGUAUGCUAUGGACAUUUUGAACGCCGACGGUGUCACACUGUUCACGAGAUACGGUGAUGGCAAUAACUAUUUAGGCCAUUCGAUGUUUACGUCCAUUUGGGCAGAGCUCGAUAAGCGGAAAGCAGUGACCUUUAUCCAUCCUACCCAUCCGGUAGACCUUGCGCGAGUCAAUCCACUCCUCCCACAGCCAUCUAUAGACUAUCCACAGGAAACAACAAGGGCAGCUGUCGAUAUGAUCAUAACCAACGUCACACAGCGAUUCCCAAAUUGUGUCAAAAUCCUGUCGCAUGCUGGUGGAACGCUUCCAUUUCUAGUUUCCCGCAUUGCUGUUACAUCACAGGAAUCUGAGGAUACUAAAAAGACUUAUGGGAAAACAUAUGCUGAUAUCAUGGAUGAUCUCCGAUCUUUCUAUUACGACGUUGCUUUAUCGAGCUCCCCUGCUGUGAUGAAGCUUCUAUUGGAGCUUGUUCCCCAUGAACAUAUAACCUAUGGUUCAUAA